CGGGAGUUACGUUCAAAUAAGACAGGCUAUCAGACGCAAGGCUUUUCCAUAAGCAGUUGCCCUUGCUCCAACGGUGCAUUUGGUUGUCAACACGGACUAUGGAUCUACUGCGUCGCUGCUUUAGUCGUAAAGAAAAAACUGCCACCACAAAAGGAAACAAGCUGCCGGUCAGUCAGAAAUUUUGUUACGGCGUUGGACACAUUUUGAAUGACCUCGCUGCAAAUGCAUGGUUCAGCUACUUGAUCAUUUACCUUACUAAAGUGGCCCGCCUGUCGAAUAGCCAUACGGGACUGGUAGCUAUGCUAGGGCAAGUUACAGAUGGGAUUUGUACACCAAUCACUGCAAUAUUAAACGAUAAAACAGUAUGUCGCUACGGACGAAGAAAAAUCUGGCAUCUCAUCGGCACAAUAUGUGUCAGUAUAACCUUUCCACUGUUAUUCACUCGCUUACUUGGAGAUGGAGUAAGCGCCUCACUCAAGCUGGCCUAUUAUAUUAGCAUAGCUGCGGUGUUUCAGUUUGGCUGGGGAUGCGUGCAAAUUAGCCAUCUUUCGUUGAUUCCAGAGAUUGCCAUUAGAGAAUCGGAGAAAGUUGAGCUGAAUGCAAUAAGGUAAGAAAUGGUUUCCGUUUGAAACAAUACGCUGUGUUGUGCAAUAUUUAUUUAUCUUCAAACAGAUUUAGCUGAAUAAAUUUGAAUGUUGGUAAGUGCUGUUUUAAUUAAAUAUGGUAGAUUGGAUUUAUUAGCUAAUUUACUUUUGCGAUAAAUCUAUUACUGUUUUAAAAUUUCUCCCAUCUUUCGACCCCUUUUGUCAGGCGGGCACUGACUUUUUAACCCAUACUGACUUUGAAAGGUGUAUUUCGAUGACAUUCUGUAAUAUCAACAUAACAUUACGAAACAAUACAAAAACGUGCACUUUCAGUUUGGAUCUUAAGGCUAAAACCGUUCUAUUGUCAUGUACUCGCUGUUUACUUUAGAAGACAAAGGCAACAGAACUAAAUAAGAAUAUAAGAGGAAAGGGUUUUUUUCUUCAACUGCCGCAUAACCUAUAUAGUUUGUGUAGAAAACUAGCGAACCAUGACUAAGAACAAAGCAGAACAAAGUCCGUGUUAUUGCUUUCACUCAGUGAGAUCGAAAUCGAAGUAUUUUGUACCUAUGUGGUCCUAAUGCGUCAUUUAGGUUUCCCAUUAUUUUUCAGUUUCGAAAUAAUUGUAAAUGUUGUUUAUUGAACUUGAAGCGCAGGGUCUGGAUGGGGUUCUGAUCUAUACCGCGCCUUAAGCUACGAUAUAUUGUUCGUUAUAUUUGAAAGUCUUCGUUCUAAAGAGACUGAAAAAAACAAUUAAAUAAAUACUUAUUUUAAAAAAGACGUAAAGGAAACAGGAAACCCACUGUGAUUAAGAAAUUUGACGGACGCCUAACCGGGAUACAUUUUCUAAACUCUCCUUCUAUUUUGCUAAUAUUUUUUUUGCGUUAAAACGUGAAAGCGACCGAAACUCCUUGGUUACGUCAAAGUCAUCGCGCGCUGUCGUGUGUAGUACGGUCGUGCACCAUGCUGACAGUGUAAUUAAUUAAUGACCGAUAGUUAGCCAUACGGCUAGAAAUACAUCUAUUAUUUCAUUAAAAAAAAUCAAGUCCCAAGGGUCUCCCAAUCAUUCGUAAAUAUUCCCGUUUAUUGAAAUCAUCCAAUGACUAAUUCAGGGGAUGAUUCAGUCUUCCUAUUCUCUGUCAGUUCGUUGUUUCCCCUCUUAUCCCUAGACUCUCAAUCUAUGGCGGGAUAAUUUACCACUCUAACGUUUGUGGACUGGAUAUUCUAUAGUGUUACCAAUCAAUUUAAGCCUCUUUUGCGUAAAUGUUUUUAAAAUUGGUAUUAAUUUUCUCUGGACUUUUUUGGGGAAUUUUUGCUUUGACCAACUUUUAGGAGUGAAAAGGUUUUGUUUACAGGAAACUUGGUGAUCAAAGUACGUGAAACCAAAAGCAAUCGUGACUUCUUCCCUACAAUUCGUUUCCAAAAUACCAGUCUGGGGGGUAAAAUUACAUUGGGUAGUUUCCGUUUCGAUAGGCAUACGAUGCAAAAUUUCCUUGGACGGACGCCCUUGAAUUUCCUCGGUGAACUUGGUCUCUUGAACCCUUAUACAUGAUUCCUAAGACACCUGAGAAAAAAAAAAAAGUUUUGGAAAAAAUGUACAUUAAGGCGUAAAAGAAAAGAGACAAUUCGGGUUUUUGAGUCUGAAACUUACAGUAGUCAGAGAAACCAUGUAUUAGGAUCAGUUGUUACACUUUGGACAUCCGGGCUACGUGAGAGCUUAGAAAACUCUCCAUGGGAGAUUAACUAUCUUGCAAGGGCAGAACGGACACGGAUCCGUCACGCGAUUCGGACAGCAUUUUGGACGUGUAGGACUGCAUGUAUACGAAUUUGAUAUAUCUGAUGAAAAACUGUUGAUUUUAUGUUGGGGAUUAUUUUCGACUGAAGUAAGUGAAAGAAAUUAUCAUGGCUGGAAGCGCAGCACUCUAAUGAUCAGAACUUUAGCCUAUCAAUCUGCGUAUCGUUCUCUCAGUUGUAGUUUUGGGUGUGCAUUUCUUGUGACCUUUACGGAAGUUGUGGACCACCAUGCAUGAGUCAGCUUUGCCAAGACCCUCACACGCGCGAGAAAAUAUGUGGAGUAACGUCAAAUCCGGAAUUUCGUAGUGAUUCAGUAAUCGGAUUACUUGUGGGGGAUGCCCCUGAGUGUCGAAUUGCGUUAUGGGGCUUUUUAAGGGGGCGGGGGUUGAGUUUAGAUGUUUCAGUCUCCCAAAAACCGACCCCAAAACAAGCCCAUAACGCAGCUCGACACGAAAAAAUCCGGUUUCACGUGCAAAUUGAAGGAUUAACCUUUAGCAGCUUUAGCCCUUUGUUGUAACCAACAACGAAAUAUGAGAAAGAUCCAAAAAUUGAUUUACUGAAAACUGAUGAAAAUCUAAUACACCCUGUAGUAACACACUGCGUAUUUUUGAGGUUUGAAGCCUCAUGGUGGUGACCCGUGGUUUGAAAGCCAAUGGCUACUAUGAUCAAUGUACACUCAUUUGCUGCAGUUGUUUGUUUUCAUUUCUGAUUAUAUUCCAUACAGUUCAUCUCCUCUUAAGAGUUGUAUCAUAUUGUGUUAUUUCUACAAGAUCACCUGUAAAUAGUACAAGAAUGAAAACAUAAGAAAGAUGAAAUUAAAGUUGAAAGUACUUUUUAGCAGCUUUCAUUUGAAUGGUCGGAUCUCAUGCACAAUUCUAAAAGUUGGAACUGCAUAUCAUACGUAUAUCAUGUCCUCUGCGGUAUAUCGGACACUGGGAGUUAAAAAGUUUGUAAACAACAUAUUAGGGUAAAGUACAUGAAAGCGAAAGAAAGCGUUUAGCAUGAAUUUUAUUUAAUCGAUUAUACAUUAACAUCGUUUUAUCAUAAAGAAAGGCGGUUGCCCCAGCGUAUUUAUUUAUUUAUUUUUUCACUCUGGCCCGAUAGCACAAAAAUCAAUCUUAGAAAAGCGGUAGUUAAAGGGGCUGUAUGACACUAUUUGCGUUUUUUUUGAAAAGCUAAUACAGUGAAACCUCUAUCAAGCGGACACCUUUGGGACCUUCCCAAGUGUCCGCUUAAUGGAGGUUGUAAAAAUUGCGCAAUGUUUGCAGUUAAUGAUUAGCAUUCAACGGUUACUCUGUACUGUGAUAAAGUUCCAUGUUGUUAAGGAAGCUAAGGAGGUUGUGCUGUACUUUGUGCAAGACUUUUAGGUGAACUUUUGACAGCUAAAUGUAUUGAUUUAUCUUUAUUAAUUGACUAAAGUACGUAUUUCAUGUACGUAAUCCAAUAUCGCUAUUGUCAAUUCAGUCCGGUGUCCGCUUAAUAAUACAACUCAUUUUAGUGUCCCCGUCCGCUUAAUAGAGGUGUCCGCUGAAUAGGGGUUCGUUAUAAAGGGAAAUAUAAGACGUUAAUUUCGGGACCCGGCUUAGUGUCCGCUUAAUAGAUGGUGUCAACUUAAUUGGGGGUCCGCUUAAUAGAGGUUUUACUGUAUAAAAAUGCUUCUUCGCAUCGAUUGAAUUCUAAAAAAUAAUAGUCUAGUUUUGGUUUUUAACACUUAAUUUAAGCACCAUUGAAACUGUUUCUACUGAUGGCGAGGAGGGACAUAGAUCGAAGCCCAACUUUCUCAAGUUUUAUGCCAUGCCUACAAAAUACCCCUUUAUGAACUUGUUUGAUAACUUCUUCAGGAGCAUUUUUUCUUUGGGUCAACGCACUAAUUAACCCUUUAAGUCCCAUUAUAUCCACAUCCAAAUUAUCCAAACUGAUCUUUAUAUAUAGAGAAUAUUACACGGUGGCGAGAAGAUAUGAAUUUUAUGUUCGAGUGGCAAGAACAAUAUCUCACGAGUGAGCGCAGCGAACGAGUGAGAUAUUGCUCUUGCCACGAGAACAUAAAAUUCAUAUCUUCGAGCUAACGUGUAAUAUUCUUUUUAUUAUAUAAACAUACUGAUGACGGCGUUUUUGAUGAUUUUCCGAAGAUUUCCGACCACCCUCCGAAGAUUUCCGAAGAUUUUUCAAAUUGUCCCGAAGACCAGACGAACGUUCCCGAACAUUUUCCGAGAAUUUCCGAAGAUGUCCGAAGAUUUCCGAAGAUUGCCGAGCACUUUCAAGGAAGACCCGAAGAUGUUUCGAUGAUACACCAACGAAUUUAAUUACAAUUUAAGAGACAAACCUGAUGUCAGUGAAAUUAUCGGUAUCUUCACAUGUAAAAAUAUCGUAUUUUUACGUGUGUUCAGAUACCACAUUUCUCGGUGGUAGAAAUCCUUGUAAAACACUGCAGUUUAUAUAAUAAAUUUCCUUAAAGAAUGAGCUGAGAGAAUUUGAUAAAAGAUCAAAGCAAAGCAGUAGAUGUUCAUUUUAUUAAUUCUCACAACCAAAUCUCUUGACAAUGUAUGGAUAUCCUUAAGAGAAAAUUGGUCUUGGUCACUAUUGGGACUUAAAGGCUUAAUGACUUCGGCACAGAAUUGGCCUAAAACAGCAAUACCCUUGUGACGUGUAUAGACCUUUUAAUUCCCCUUGCCUGAAUAGCCCAAAUGAAAUGUAGAUGUUUAGUAAACGCUCCCUAUCUUGCAGAAAAUUUCCCUCAGCUCCCUAAAUGACGCCUGUUGUGGAGGUUAUUUUUCUCCUAUGAAAAAGUUUGCUCCAAGAACUGGUCAAAGUAGAAUCUUUUCACUGACUAAUGCAGAGAGCAAACUAAAGGAUAGUUCAACCAAAUAUGUUCUCGACAUAACCAGUUCCCAUGCGGAACGAGGAGGGCUUUAUUGAGCGGUUUUCCUUGUUUAGAAAAAAGGUCAUGUUCUAUUCUGCACUUAAUAACUGAAAAUACGUUUUCCUACCUCAUUUGUCAACAGAUCAGCUUUGCGUUUCGUCUGCGGAAUUUUUGUUUUUGCCGUGACAUGGAUUCUGCUGGGAAGAAGCUCGGAAGCGAAUAUUUCGUCUACAAUGUGGAAGCAAUUUAUGGUAAGUUACUUUCACAAUUUCUUGGUCACUCUACCCUGCGAAAACAGGUGUCUCUCCUCGCUUCCCUUCGCUAGGGACAUUUCACCGGCGAGAGGCGCGGAGAAACGGCUAUUUUCGCAGGCUAUGGUCAUUCUGAAACCUCACUGUUCAGCCUAACCUUUUCCCGCCAGACCAAGAGGGAAGAGGAUAAUUAACUAUUAUUCCACGAGUGCGCGUUGGAUAUGAAUUGGCUAUAAUUAUCUCAUACCCAACAGGCGUUGUGGAAUAAUGUUUUAUUAAAAACACCCACAAAAUAUCGACAAUUCUUCCUGACUUUAUUUGUAAAAACAACCGAUUUUCAGCUUGUUUUUAAUUUUGAGCAGACGCCUACAGUUAUCAUAUUUAGAGAGCACGGUAAAACGGCUUAUAUACCAUCAUGGCUAAGCCAAUCAGAGCUCUAGAAUUGUAUCAUCCAAUUAUUCAGUUCUGAUCCGACCCAUCUUAAACUAGCGAACGUUCAUGUUAUCACGUCCUCUAAUCUCUGAAGGACUCGCGAGGGUCGAGAGUGCGACGAGUAUCACGAAUGCCCAAUAGAGACCUUUAGAUUCUAAAACAAGCGCGUGAACUAGCGUCAUUUUGGCGGAAAAACGUGAUAGAGGAGCCGUCGUCAUUAUACUGUGGAUUUUAGCGAGAAUGUCGUAAAAGAGGAAACAAGUUAUAACCUGUUAGAAGUAUUAUCAUUUUGGCUUCGGGGAAAGGCUUAAGCCUUCUUCAAUUAAAAUAUCAGUGCAAACUUUUUCGGUGAAAAAAAUUACAAUAAAGCUUAAGCGAAAAAACUUUAAGUUAAAUCUCGUCCUCGAAAGUACUGACUGAAGGUCUCUGGCAUUAACUAAGUAUUAAAGAGUGCUCCAGGCUCAGCUUAUUUCGCAGCUAACCUUACCAUGCCUGCAUGAAAUGAUAUUUUCCGUUUCUUUUUUAGUAUCUUGGUUUCAUAGUUGUUGGCACGGGCACAGUAUUUAACGUCAUUUUCCAUGUUGGCAUCAAAGAACCUCCUUCUGAUGCUUUACUUCGCUGGCUUGAGGAACGAAAAAAUGGAAAACACAAAAACAGCAAAUUUGGUCGGAAUAACAGCCAAAGAAAAGGUAAACUCUUCGCUUUUGAAUUAACAAGGUUUACUCGAAAGUCUUCUACAGCAGUUGAAAUUGUUUUAAUAAAAUCUUUUCCGCAAAUUUGAUUCACCAUGAAGCAUUCUUUCCGAGAUCCCAACGGAAAAUUGCUGUAUCACCGCGGACUUUGACACCGAAAUAUAGACAAGUGUUUGCUCCCGUGUUUUUUGAAUAAUCUUAGGUACUAGGCCGGUUUUUAUUAAUGGACCCAGCGCUUCAUUAGUUUUAGUAAGAUUUAGGGAAAAGAAGUCUUCAAAAAGAGAGAAAACGAUAAACUUCCUUUUGUCAAAUUUUGGCUGUAUUGGACAGUCCUCAUAUUUAGGAGUCCAUUUUGUGCCAAGUGUCUUGAUCUCGCAGAUGCCUUCAGAAACCAUAAUAAAAUGUUUUUUCGUGUGAGGUAGUUGCGUAAAAGAUGCAUUGGUUGAAAGGCAGAGAACUAAGUAGAAAACAUUAUUGUUGAUUUUCCUGUAGCCUUACUGACAAGGGUCGUUUACCAGCCCCCCUCGAUCAAUAGGAGAAGUGGAACAACCAAAUCUCUUGACAAUGUAUGGAUAUCCUUAAGAGAAAAUUGGUCUUGGUCACUAUUGGGACUUAAAGGCUUAAUGACUUCGGCACAGAAUUGGCCUAAAACAGCAAUACCCUUGUGACGUGUAUAUACCUUUUAAUUCCCCUUGCCUGAAUAGCCCAAAUGAAGUGUAGAUGUUUAGUAAACGCUCCCUAUCUUGCAGAAAAUUUCCCUCAGCUCCCUAAAUGACGCCUGUUGUAGAGGUUAUUUUCUCCUAUGGAAAAGUUUGCUCCAAGAACUGGUCAAAGUAGAAUCUUUUCACUGACUAAUGCAGAGAGCAAACUAAAGGAUAGUUCAACCAAAUAUGUUUUCGACAUAACCAGUUCCCAUGCGGAAGGAGGAGGGCUUUAUUGAGCGGUUUUCCUUGUUUAGAAAAAAGGUCAUGUUCUAUUCUGCACUUAAUAACUGAAAAUACGUUUUCCUACCUCAUUUGUUAACAGAUCAGCUUUGCGUUUCGUCUGCGGAAUUUUUGUUUUUGCCGUGACAUGGAUUCUGCUUGGAAGAAGCUCGGAAGCGAAUAUUUCGUCUACAAUGUGGAAGCAAUUUAUGGUAAGUUACUUUCACAAUUUCUUGGUCACUUUACCCUGCGAAAACAGGUGUCUCUCCUCGCUUCUCUUCGCUAGGGAUAUUUCACCGGCGAGAGGCGCGGACAAACGGCUAUAUUUUCGCAGGCUACGGUCAUUCUGAAACCUCACUGUUCAGCCUAAGCUUUCCCCGCCAAACCAAGAGGGGAGAGGAUAAUUAACUAUUAUUCCACGAGUGCGCGUUGGAUAUGAGUUGGCUAUAAUUAUCUCAUACCCAGCAAGCGUUGUGGAAUAAUCAGUUUUAUUAAAAACACCCACAAAAUAUCGAGAAUUCUUCCUGACUUUAUUUGUAAAAACAACCGAUUUUCAGCUUGUUUUUAAUUUUGAGCAAACGCGUACAGUUACCAUAUUUACAGAGCAUGGUAAAAUGGCUUAUAUACCAUGAUGGCUAAGCCAAUCAGAGCUCUAGAAUUGUAUCAUCCAAUUAUUCAGUUCUGAUCCGACCCAUCUUUAACUAGCGAACGUUCAUAUUAUCACGUCCUCUAAUCUCUGAAAGGACUCGCGAGGGUCGAGAGUGCGACGAGUAGCACGAAUGCACAAUAGAGACCUUUAGAUUCUAAUACAAGCGCGUGAACCAGCGUCAUUUGGGCGGAAAAACGUGACAGCGGAGCCGUCAUCACUAUACUGUGAGUUUUAGCGAGAAUGUCGUAAAAGAGGAAACAAGUUAUAAACUGUUAGAAGUAUUAUCAUUUUGGGAUCGGGAGAAGGCUUAAGCCUCCAUCAGUAAAAAUAUCAAUGCAAACUUUUCCGGUGAAAAAAAUUACAAUAAAGCUUUCCAGGGUAUCUAUUUUUUUGAGAAUGUACAUGUAAGCGAAAAAACUUAAAGUUAAAUCUCGUCUUCGAAACUACUGACUGAAGGUCUUUGGCGUUAACUAAGUAUUAAAGAGUGCUUCAAGCUCAGCUUCGCAGCUAACCUUACCAUGCCUGCAUGAAAUGAUAUUUUUCCUUUUCUUUUUCAGUAUCUUGGUUUCAUAGUUGUUGGCACGGGCACAGUGUUUAACGUUAUUUUCCAUGUUGGCAUCAAAGAACCUCCUUCUGCUGCUUUACUUCGCUGGCUUGAGGAACGAAAAAAUGGAAAACACGAAAACAGCAAAUUUGGUCGGAAUAACAGCCAACGAAAAGGUAAACACUUCGCUUUUGAAUUAACAAGGUUUACUCGCAAAUCUUCUACAGUUGAAAUUGUUUUAAUUAAAUCUUUUCCGCAAAUUUGAUUCACGAUGAAGCAUUCUUUUCCUAGAUCCCAACGGAAAAUUGCUGUGUCACCGUGGACUUUGACACCGAAAUAUAGACGUGUGUUUGCUCCCGUGUUUUUUGAAUAAUUUUAGGUACUAGGCCGGUUUUUAUAAUGGCGCUAGCGCUUCAUUAGUUUCAGUAAGAUUUAGGGAAAAGAAGUCUUCAAAAAGAGAGAAAACGAUAAACUUCCUUUGUCAAAUUUUGGCUGUAUUGGACAGUCCUCAUAUUUAGGAGUCCAUUUUGUGCCAAGUGUCUUGAUCUCGCAGAUGCCUUCAGAAACCAUAAUAAAAUGUUUUUUCGUGAGGUAGUUGCGUAAAAGAUGCAUUGGUUGAAAGGCAGAGAACUAAGUAGAAAACAUUAUUGUUGAUUUUCCUGUAGCCUUACUGACAAGGGUCGUUUACCAGCCCCCCUCGAUCAAUAGGAGAAGUGGAGCAUCGCCUGCUGUUGUCAUGACGAUACGUGAGAAUGAGGAAAAGGAGAUUGUUAGUUAUGGUGGCCUGGCUGCAGCGCCGGAGUCUCAGUCUCAGACGAGUCUUGAUUGUGAAAGAACUCAGCAAAUUUCUCAUGAAAUUAUUGACAGAGGUCCUCUUCAUAACGGCGAGAAAACCAAAAAACAAUGGCUCUGUAGUCCUGAUUUGUAUAAGGUUUGUAAUUAAUUACACUUUUUGAAGCUGUAAGCAAAUUAAAGCAUGUAAAGAGAACGCUGACAUUCCAUUUGGCAUAAAUACUGAGCAACCGGAAGUGUGGUAUUUCGCUUGAUGAAUGGCUUUCCUAGGCCUAGGGCUAGGCCAAACGUCGAACUUUUCACGNGUGAGGUAGUUGCGUAAAAGAUGCAUUGGUUGAAAGGCAGAGAACUAAGUAGAAAACAUUAUUGUUGAUUUUCCUGUAGCCUUACUGACAAGGGUCGUUUACCAGCCCCCCUCGAUCAAUAGGAGAAGUGGAGCAUCGCCUGCUGUUGUCAUGACGAUACGUGAGAAUGAGGAAAAGGAGAUUGUUAGUUAUGGUGGCCUGGCUGCAGCGCCGGAGUCUCAGUCUCAGACGAGUCUUGAUUGUGAAAGAACUCAGCAAAUUUCUCAUGAAAUUAUUGACAGAGGUCCUCUUCAUAACGGCGAGAAAACCAAAAAACAAUGGCUCUGUAGUCCUGAUUUGUAUAAGGUUUGUAAUUAAUUACACUUUUUGAAGCUGUAAGCAAAUUAAAGCAUGUAAAGAGAACGCUGACAUUCCAUUUGGCAUAAAUACUGAGCAACCGGAAGUGUGGUAUUUCGCUUGAUGAAUGGCUUUCCUAGGCCUAGGGCUAGGCCAAACGUCGAACUUUUCACGCGACGAGCCAAAUAGUCCUAUUUGGGUUGGCCUAAAUUGGUAUCAAGCACUGUGACAUUAGUGUCUCCGAUUUGUAGGCUACUUGUAGCCAGCUAGAAUAUUUUGACACGUUAAUAAAGUUGUUCAUUCAUUCAUUCACCUAAAUUAAGUUUAGAUCGUCUGUUGGGUUAGACGUCGAACUUUAGGACGCGUCGAACCAAUCAACUGAACAAGGCCGAACAAGGCUAAAUAUGCAUUUUAUCAUAAAAAUUUUUAAUUUAUUAGUUUAGUUCGUCGCGUGUGGAGAUCGACGUUUGUCCCGACGACGAUCUUAAGACGUUCUAUCCGUCUGAAUCAGAUGGAUAGAACUGAGCCAGACAUCGAACUUUUCAUGAACUUAGUCGUGAAAAGUUCGACACUUUCACAAAGCAUUGUGGUUAUUCAAAAUGGGACCAACUGGGGUAAGACGAGUUAUCCCAGCGAGCACACGUUCGCCUAACAAUGCGGUUAAUGCUUCAAGUUCGUUCGUCGAGGAUCCGCCGGCGCGGUGCCCGCCUUUAUGUUACGUUUGUUAGACAUUUCCUGUAACGUUAAAAAGAGGUAAGAGGCUCGCAAUCUAGGGAGGUCCAACUCGUAUUCAUUAUUCAAGAUAUUUUACUGCUAAUUACACAUUACCUCAUGGAGGUGCAGUGGUACAGUGGUUAGUGGUUUGGACGUCGUAUCGAGAGGUACGGGUUCAGACCCUGUCGGGUUCAUUGUCGGUUGUGUUCUUGGGCAAGACAUUUUACUCUCACAGUGCUUGACACUCCACCUAAGGGUGUAAUUGGGUACCAGUGAAGUUAAUGCAUGGGGUGGCCAUGCGAUGGGCUGGCAUCCUGUCCACGGGGUAAUAGAAAUAUACCUAGUCGUUCUAGUUCCUAUUAAAUAAAAACUGAGUUAAGCUUCGACCUAAAGAACCACUUAGCACGAAUGAAGACUUGACAUUUCUCGACAACUUCACUGAGCUCGGUAGACGUUUAACGUCAUGGCAUCAUCAUUCUUCCCGGCACUAUGACAUCCUUGUAAAGGAAGAAGCAUUGAAGCAUUGAAUCGUGGCCUAAUGCUUAGAAAACAGUCAAUAACUUACCCCUUUCAGGUAACUUCAAACUAUGAGAAGACCCAUUUCUAACCCAUCCUUAAACAUGGCUAGUAAACACAUGAUUAGAGAUAAUUUUUUUUUACCUUGCUCGGCUUCAUUUUACCCUUUUUUUAGGACAGUUCCUACAAUUACCUAUUUAUUUUUUUGUGGCUCACGACUUUUUGUUGCCAAAAAACAGGCUAAAGUUUGAAUGAACGUUUGUUUUCGUGAUUCCAGGUUGGCGUUGUCUACAUUUGUACUCGUUUGUAUGUAAACGUGUCGCAGUCAUAUUUACCUCUCUACUUAACAGAGACGAUGCGAUUUGAGAAGGUAGGACUAUAGAAGUUAUUCGCUUUUCCUAUGUCAUUAUGUCGUUAUAUUAUUGAAUUUAUUGGCAAAAUUCAAAUUCCCCUCAAAGUAGCAUUAAAUAGUAAUUUGUCUGAUAAAAGCAGGAAUUUGGCUAACAGAUAAAUUAUCUUAAAUAAUAGUAGCGAUGUCAUGUUGACGUCAUUUAUUAUAGCAAAUUACCAUCCGCCAUCUUGGAUAAACCAUUUUUAAUUAAUUAAAAGUAUUUAUUUUGUUUAAAACCCGCAAGCUGCAAGUUAUGAAAGCAAGAAUUUUGAAAACAUGGCUGUCAAAACUUUAACGUUACGCCAAUGAUGAAGUAUACGUCUCGACGGCUUUAAAAUGUUCCCAGAUAAAUUUAAGGAAAAGUCGCUAAGGGCCUCUUCACAUUAGCCCGUUUGACCGGGCUGGCCCGGUUACCGCGACGAAUUUUAUAAGAAUUGUCAGCCCCGUUUCCAUGAUGAGAAAAGGCCCAAGAUCCUGAGAACGACUUCUGCCUCGAAAUUCGAGAAACAAAGCAAACAUGGUUAACAGAAAGUUACCUUGGCGCCUAUCAUAGCUAUCAUAGCAGACAAAUCCAUCCGGGCAUGCGCUGUUGCGAAGAAUUCAUCCCACUUGCAUCCCAUGUUCUUAAGGCAAACUGAUUUCCCAGCCCGCUUACGGAGAUCCCGGUUGGAAGAACCCGCCGUCCAGGCUUAUCGGAAGAGGCCCUAAGCUUGGUGUUUUUCUCAAUUCACAGGAAUCUAUUGCAUAUUUUCCUUUGGUCGUGUUGGUAACAGGAGUUUUAGCGAGCACUGUUGUCAAGCCUUUGAACAAACGCUUUGGAAGCAAGGUUGGUUAACACGAAUAAUAGCCCUUUAUCAACAUAAUUUCCACACUCUUUUCCCAAUUAGUUUCUGAUAGCACCAAUAAAGAGAAUUUGCUUGAUAAUCAAGACUUUUAUAUUGGGUGACUAUAUUCGUCAUUCUCUUGACCUUUAUAAUUUAUGAUUAAUUUAUGACGCUUUUCAGAUCACAUUCUGUCUUGGUGCUGUUAUGGCAAUCGGUGCUAGUUUCUGGUUCUUUGUUCAAAAUGUUAGUGGCAGACAAGCUGUGUACGCGACUUCUAUACUUAUGGGCAGCGGAGGCUCUGUGAUGUUGGUUACGUCAUUUUCGUUGAUCGCGCAGCUCAUUGGACACAAUAAGGUAAACAGUCUAAAUAUAAAGCGUUUUCACUUGACGUCACGGCGGCCAUAGUGGUGAUCCAAAAGAAUAAAACGAUGGCCCUAUUGUGUUCCGAAACAAAUCCUGCAUGUGGGAGCUGAACUCUUUUCUCAUGUAGACGCUAUGUAAACGCUUUCCUUUGUUUCGAUAAAUUUGCAUAGAUGUUGGCCACGUGAGUGGAAAUACUCUAUACUUCUAUGAAAUUUUGUAUAUUUGACGGCUUCCUAAUACAGUACAUGUGGGGAGUGCCACACUGAUAAGUAAAUGAUUUUUCAUGAGUGACAACCAGUUCAUGCUGCACAUUCUGCAAUUUUUCUUUCUUUUCAGAGUUCAAGUGCAUUCGUGUAUGGUUUUAUUGGUUUCUUUGAUAAAGUCUUCAGUGGAGCCAUUUUUAAAAUCAUCCAAGAUUUGAAUCCAGAGGACGAACAGAGGUGAGCUUUCUUGGAUUCAUGAAGUAUUUGGAAAAUUUCUUUUUUGGCUUAUUUCUUGUGUGAAUUUGUCUUGUUUGGUUAAAGGAGCUGUGUCACAAAUUUUAUCAAAAUCCUAGCGGUAGGUUCCGCUACCAGAUGAAGGCCCAGUUCAGACGUCGUGCUUCUGCCGUGCGGAACUUAAUUGUAAUUCGGUUCGACUGUAGCAGGGCAGGAAAACAACUUUGAUUCAGACGUCGUGCCAGAGUCGAACCAAAUUCAGGAUUUACUGAUGCCUCUUAACAAUUCUCCUCCUAACUCCCCCUGGGAACGCAAUCUCGCCAAAAUGUAUUAAUAUAAUUAAUGGAUUUUUUUUUAGCGCGGCAGAAGCACGACGUUUGAAUCGCUGCCGUGCCAGAGCCGUGUAGCACGGCAGCGCUUGUCAAACUUAAUUGCUUGCCGAACUUAAUUCAAAAGUUUGAUUCAGAUGCCGUGCUUCUGCCGUGCUUUUGUCGAACUUAAUUCCUGAAUUUAGUUCGGCACGGCAGAAGCACGACGUCUGAACUGGGCCUAAGCGAAACAUAAAAUAAAAGGUCAAAAUAUUAAAAGAAGGUAUUAACAAAAUAGCAAAUACAAAAGUAGGCACGGAUGAACAAACUUGAAGGAGAUUAAUUUAAGACGGAAUUGAAAUUGUGGGUUUUUGAAAACGGGUUUGCUUAAGGGUCAUUUUUUUUUUUCAAAGUUUGUUUUUGUUGUUUGUAACGUUUGAUAUAAUGCUCAAAGGAAGUAUAUUUGUUUGUCAAGAAGUUGUGAUUUUGUCGUUUACAAGUAGUUUCUUCGUUUAAGUUAAGUUCUUGAGCCCAUAAAAUGAACAAGACUGAGCCGUGACACAGCCCUCUUAACUUUAUUGUCAACCCCGUUCCCAGGAUUCUCUCCUACCCGUCCGUGAGGACGGGUAGAACCUGGGAAAGAGCUUGCUUCAUUGUUAGCUUUUGUCUACCUGAGCCAAUCGAUCAGAAAGUGAUGUAUGGAGUUUUCGCUUUGCAGUGUUAAAUGCCUCACUUGUGCUGAAUAUGUUCGGCAAGUGCAAAGUAUUGUACCUGGUGCGGCUGCUGUAUUGGGAUUUCUGUCCGUUGUAGUGUUUUUUGACUCGAUUUUCGUUUGCAAAAGAAGAGGUAAGUCGUUAUUAUCCCUUGACUGAUAAGCAGGUUAUAAAUUAAGUACCUCUACACAAGCCUUGAAGCGCAUAUAAUCUCUUAGACUUACCCAACAGACUACAUUGUACUUUUUAAGAAACUCUGCGCGAGAAGCAAUGAUCAAAGCAAAAUGGGCUUUUCGCCGGAAUGUCUUACUGCGCUUUUCACAAACAUGAGAAUUCUGGAGUUCAAAAGCCAACUGACGAUUGCGUUUUUCGCUGCCGUCAAUCAUCUUAACGGACCUCUUAGGAAACAAAACUUUACUUUAACGGGUUCAAAACGUCAAGGUUUGUGAUUUCUGAUUGGUGAAUUUCGAUCCGUUUUGUGUGUUUCUGUGUUUCAAGGUUCGUUGCUUGUGAUCGUAAUUAUGAUUGACGGAAGCGAAAAACGCAAUUGCGAAGGCGGCUUUUGAACUUCAGAGUUCGCAUGUUUGUGAAAAGCGCAGUAAUAUCUGUAAAUAUAACUGUUCUGCAAAACAUUCGCGCACGCGAAGAAAACGCAUGCAAUGGAAGCUAGCACACUGUUUUCAUCGGUGUCUCAGGGAACGUCGGCUUGAAUUAAAAAUUAUACUAAAGAGCUUACUAAUACCAGCGAUUUCUCUCACGAAGUGCGCAUGUUUAACCCUUGUUUUUGUUUCCCUUCAGCAACGAUGGUAGACGCUGAAACCCAAGUGAACUUUGAUGAAAUCGAAGGUAAUGAAGACAAUUGCUCGAGCGGAAUAGAAACAGCAUCUGCGGUAACGGAGAAACCUGACUUUGAAGACUGCAGACAAGAAGGCGUGGAAAAACUGCCUUCGCAACAGAGAACUUUCGAUAAUUCAAUCGAGUCAAGAAACUUCUUGACGCCCAAAACCAACACGCGAACUAAUUACGUUGCUUUGAGACUAGCAUCGCCAUUUCUUCCUUCUCCCUUGUUAGAUCGAAGAACAAUAUUAUAGUAGAGGGAAUGCUGUUGACAACGUCUUUCAUUCCACAGUGCCAAGAAUGAGUUAAUCUGGUUACUAAAUGAAAGGAGCUAGCUCGGUAACAAGUUUUUCAAGUUUAAUGUGGUAAGGCAACUGAGGAGCAUUUGUCAUUUAUAGACAACUUCUGUGGUUAGGUACUGGGAUUUCUUCAAGUUUUAACUGAAUCUUAGUAGAGAGAUUCCAAGAUUAUGAAAUAACCGAUAAACAGGAUGUUUGACGUCAAGAGCCUAUCAUUUGAAUGUUUCUGAAUGCGUGGAAAUUAUCAUGCAAAGAGGUGUAUUUUUGAUUAUGAAGAUGUUAGGAAUAUGGUCUGGAGAAAAAUACAAAAGAAAAACAAGAACAAAAAAAUACAAAAAUAUCUCUGGUAUCCAGGGAAGAAUCUAAAAAAAUAAGGUAUUUGUGAGAGAACUUAAUGUUUCAAAGCCAGAAGUAUUUAUUAAAGACUUUCUUUGUUAACCCGAAACCCUUAAUAUACAGAAUUUAAUUUUUUUCCUGUUUUUCGAAGUCGCUGCUCAUUUCUCACUUUCCUGCAAUUGUCAUGAGAAAAUGGAGUAUCCUUUGGGACAUGAAUUUUAUUGUUGUAUGAAGAAUAUUUUCUUUUUUCUUUUCCAACAACUACUAAAAUAUAGUAUCUAUAUAAGAGCUUUAAAUUUUAAUUAACUUAUCUAUGC